GCAUCAUAAUCCACAAAAACGUGAUUAAGUGAAUUAAGCAAUCCAUUCUCUCAUAAAAAAAAAAUAUAUACAACCAAUUAAGCAUUGUUUCUUUCUCUCAUAAAAAUAAGAUAAGAUAUAUAGAAGCAAAUUAAUAAGAUAUGGCAAUAUUAUUAAGCAUGAAAUAUUUCAUAUUUUCACUCUUAACAUUCAUCAUUACUAUAACAAAAGGUGAAAUAAUUCAUACUGCACAACAAAUAGGUUCACUGAAUAGAAACUCUUUCCCUCAAGGGUUUAUAUUUGGUACAGCAUCUUCUGCAUACCAAUAUGAAGGUGCAGCAAGUGAAGGCGGAAGAGGACCAAGUAUAUGGGAUACCUUCACUCAUAAUUCUUCAGAAAGAAUCAAGGAUGGGAAAAGUGGAGACAUUGCGGUUGACUCUUAUCAUCGCUAUAAGGAGGAUGUUGCACUUAUGAAGAAUAUGAACUUGGAUGCAUAUAGAUUUUCCAUAUCUUGGUCUAGAAUACUCCCAAAUGGAAAAUUAAGUGGAGGAAUAAAUCAAGAAGGAAUUGACUAUUACAACAACCUCAUUGAUGAAUUGGUGGCAAAUGGUUUACAACCAUUUGUAACUCUUUUUCAUUGGGAUCUUCCUCAAUCUCUAGAAGAUGAAUAUGGUGGCUUCUUAAGCCCUCUCAUCAUAAAAGACUUUCAAGACUAUGCAGAACUUUGCUUUAAAACAUUUGGAGAUAGGGUAAAACAUUGGAUAACUUUAAAUGAACCAUGGACUUUCUGUCGUGAUGGGUAUACAAAUGGCGAUAUGGCUCCAGGUCGAUGCUCUUCUUGGAUGAACCCAAAAUGCAUUGGUGGUGAUUCAGGAACAGAACCUUAUUUAGUUGCACACUAUCAACUGCUAGCUCAUGCAGCAGUUGUUAAUGUGUAUAAAACCAAAUAUCAGGUCUCUCAAAAGGGUUUAAUAGGUAUAACAUUAGUUAUUAAUUGGUUCGUGCCGCUCUCAAAUAACAAACUUGAUCAAAAGGCUGCUGAAAGAACUACAGAGUUUAUGUUUGGAUGGUUUAUGGAUCCCUUAACAAAUGGAGAUUAUCCAAAAAGCAUGCGAGCCUUGGUCGGAUCAAGAUUACCAAAGUUUACCAAAGAACAAACUAGACUAGUUAAUGGCUCAUAUGAUUUUAUAGGCGUAAACUAUUACUCUUCUUGUUACGCCUCUGAUGCGCCUCAACUAAGAAAUGCUAAUGCUAACUACUUAACAGAUUCUCUUUCAAGUUAUUCAUUCGAACGUGAUGGAAAAUCCAUUGGCUUAAACGUUGCUUCAGAUUGGUUAUAUGUUUAUCCGAGAGGAAUUCGAGACUUCCUAGUAUACGCUAAAGAAAAAUACAACAACCCUUUGAUUUAUAUCACAGAAAAUGGUAUAAAUGAGUAUGAAGAUCCAUCGCUAUCACUUGAGGAGUCUCUCAUUGAUACUUAUAGAAUUGACUAUCAUUAUCGUCAUCUCGUCUAUCUUAGAAAAGCGAUUGAGGAUGGUGCGAAUGUAAAGGGAUACUUUGCAUGGUCUUUGUUGGACAAUUUUGAAUGGCAUAUGGGAUACACCGUGAGAUUUGGAAUGACCUUUAUAGAUUACAAAAAUGGUUUAAAAAGACAUCAAAAACAAUCUGGAUUGUGGUUCAAGAAUUUUCUUAAACGAGAUAGCAAACUUUACGGAGAUUCCAUUUAAUAGUGUUAUUAUAUAGAAAAUUUGUUAUGCAUAUACUACAUUUGUAAACAUGAAUACUUCAAUUAAUUUUUUUAGAAUAGCAAGGAUGAAUUUUGUAACUGUAAGUAAAUAUAUUAUUUAUGAUUGAUCUUAUUCGCUAAUUCUAUGUAUUUUGUAAUUUUAUUGUUUCUCGAUCUUUACACUGUUGUAGCAUUUUUUAUAUUGAUUAUAAAAGAAAUUUUGAAUCGGUUAUAAAA